AUGGGGACUGUAGCACUGGCACUGUCCCUGCUGGCUGUGGUUCUCCUGUGCCCAGCCAGCGCCACGCUGCGCAUCGGAGCCUUCAACAUUCAGUCAUUUGGUGACACCAAGAUGUCCAACGAGGGAGUGGCAAACAUCAUCAUCAACGUUCUGCGCCGCUAUGACCUGGUGCUGGUGCAGGAGGUGCGUGACUCCGACCUCAGUGCUGUCACCCAGCUCAUGGAGGAGCUCAACAGUGUGUCCAAGUCCUCGUACGACUAUGAGAUCAGCGGCCCCCUGGGACGGGAGAACUACAAGGAAAUGUACCUCUUCAUCUACAGGACAGAUGUUGUGUCCGUGGUGGACACCUAUCAAUAUGAAGACCCCCAAGAUAUCUUCAGCCGGGAGCCAUUCGUCCUGAGGGUCUCAGCACCCCACACCAAAGUGGAGGAGUUUGUGCUGGUGCCGCUGCACUCAGCCCCGCACGAUGCCGUUGCUGAGAUCGAUGCUCUCUACGAUGUCUACUUGGCCAUCAUCAGGAAGUGGGGGACAGAUAACAUCAUGUUCCUGGGGGACUUCAACGCCGACUGCGCCUACGUGCAGCAGAGCGAUUGGUCAUCGAUCCGCCUGCGCACCAGCGACAUCUUCAGGUGGCUGCUCCCCGACGGCACCGACACCACCGUGGGCAAGUCACACUGUGCCUACGACAGGAUCGUGGUGUGUGGUGCCAAGCUGAAGAGAAGCAUUGUGCCAAAUUCAGCUGCUAUCUACGAUUUCCAGCGUGCUUUUCAUCUGGACCAGGAGGAGGCCCUGGCAGUCAGCGAUCACUUUCCGGUUGAGGUGAAGCUGGUGGCUUGA